AAGAGAACGAAUGUGAAGUGUCAUUUUUGGAAUGUUUUUUACGAAAUUUCCAAUUGACUUGUCUGGGUGAUUUUUUUUAUAAUAAUUAAUACUGCGUGAUAUUGCAUAUCAAAUAAAAUGAAUAACUUACUGAGGAGAAAUAUUUUUUCUGCUUAUAACAAUGCUAUGAAGAUAACGUGUCGAUCAUUUGCCGAUGCUGCUACGAAAGAAAAAAUUGACAAAAUUGUGAAGAAUAACAAAGUAGUGGUGUUUAUGAAAGGAGUUCCUGAUGCACCGAGAUGUGGGUUUAGCAAUGCAGUUGUUCAGAUAAUGAGAAUGCACGCUGUUAACUACGAUAGUCACGACGUACUGUCUGAUGAAAACCUACGGCAAGGUAUCAAAGAUUACUCGAAUUGGCCAACAAUUCCCCAAGUUUUCAUUAACGGGGAGUUUGUUGGUGGCUGCGACAUCAUGCUGCAGAUGCAUCAGUCCGGGGAACUAGUAGAGGAGCUGAAGAAAGUUGGUAUCAAGAGUGCCCUCCUCACCGCUGAAGAAGAGAAAGAGAAACAAAGCGAAACUAAGUAGCGGGCUUCCAUUGGUUAGUAUAGUAAAAAAAUAUUGACUUAUAAGGGCUAUGAAAUAUUAACUAUUUAUUGAAUUGUGAUUAUUUCAACAUAGGUUUUGUGUUGGUGCUUCUAGUUCAAAAGCAUAUAUUUCGAACAACUCUGUUAUUUUGUAGACAACACUUAUGGUUUUCAAUAUUCGUGACCUCACGUUCCUUUUAGUCAAUUGUCUCAAGUUGUUUUAUUAGUUUUAAUAUUAUGAAAAGUCUGUGACAAAUGUUUACUUAGGUUUCUAAGUUUAUUAUUAUGAAAUAAAAAUGGAAAUGUGUUUAA